CAUCACUCCGAGAAUCCCAGCAAGCAAAGACCAAGCCAGUCCAGCAGCACCUUCUCAGCUUCAAAAUGCGUUUCAGCAACAUUCUCGCAGCCCUGGCUCUUGGAGUCUCCUCUGUUCAGGCGUGGAACCGUAUCGACAAGGACAAUGCGGCCCUCCUUGUGAUCGACCACCAGGUCGGUCUCACCCAGCUGGUGCGCGACUACAGCACCAACGACUUCCGCAACAACAUCAUUGCCCACGCUGCCAUCGGCAAGGCCUUCGACCUGCCCACCGUCUUGACCUCCUCCUCCGACACUGGCCCCAACGGUCUUCUCCUCAAGGAGAUCACCGACAUGCACCCCAACGCCACCUUCGUCCGCCGCCAGGGUGAGGUCAACGCCUGGGACAAUGCUGAGUUCCGUGCUGCCGUCAAGGCCACUGGCAAGAAGCAGCUGAUCAUCGGUGGUAUUGUCACUGAAGUUUGCACCGCUUUCCUGGCUCUCUCCCUGAUCGAUGAGGGCUACGAGGUGUAUGCCAACACCGAGGCCAGCGGUACCUUUGAUGCCAAGCUCGCCAUCGAUGCCAACCGCCGCAUGGAGAAGGCCGGUGUCACUCUGAUGGGCAUCUUCGGCAUUGUCUGCGACCUCAUGCGUGACUGGCGCAACACCCCCGGCCUGCCCGAGCUCCUCCCCUGGCUCGACCAGUACCAGUUUGCUUACGGUCUGGUUGCUCGCCACCACGCUGGUGCCAUUGUCAACGGUACCCUGGCUGCCGUCGAGGAGACCCUGAUCUAAACCUCGUCCGCGCCACUCGGGCACUCCGAGGCCGAUGGCCUGUAGAGCAAACCUGGCGACAGUGGCUUUAGCCUUCGUGGGUGCCCGACCGCUGCCCCCUUGUCAAGAUAAGCCUUGGACUUGGUUCUAGUGGCUUUGGUUGUGGUCUUGGGUGUUCGAACUAUGAUACAGUCU